UUGAAGUUCUCCUUCUCUGAGUUGCCUUUCAGUUCGUUAAUGUUCCUACUCUUCGUAGUCAAUCUAUGCUUUCCAAUCAUCCUUCAUGCUACUGAGACAACCGAAACACAAUAUCCGAUCAUACUUGUACCCGGUGAUGGGGGAAGUCAGGCUUAUUGCAACCCAAAAGGAAACGGAGGAAGCUUCCUCAUCUGGGUCAACCUUCUUUACUUCUUUGCACCUGGCACACUCUAUGAAUACAUUCGCAUUAAAUAUGACCCCAAAACUGGAGAGGUGAGCGAUUCGGAUCUCUGUGACGUUACCUUCCCCGGAUGGGGUGACACAUGGUCAAUCGAGAAUUUAGACACAUACAGACACAGUGCGACUGUUUACUUAGAACAUCUUAUAAAUUCUCUCCGACAAGAUCCCUUUUAUGUAUCCAAUAAAACAUUACGUGGAACACCGUUUGAUUUCCGAAAAGCUCCAAAUGAGAAUCCUGAUUUUGUACGAGACUUGCGAUUACUGAUAGAAGAGACAUACUCUGUGACCGGAUCACGCCGAGUCGUUCUUCUCGGCCACAGUCUUGGAGCCGUUUAUUGCUUGGCAUUUCUAAACGCGCAGUCCGACUCAUGGAAGCGGAAGUACAUUAAAACAUUUCUGUCUAUCAGCGGACCCUACGGUGGAUCUGUAAAAGCAUUCAAAAUAGAAGCCAGUGGCUAUGAGUUGUUCAAAAACACCAAGCCCUUCGUAGACGGCUUUGAAGGCCCAACGGGGAUCGAUGAUCUCUACUGCAUCCACGGGACAAAAGUCGGUACCACCUAUCAGAUGGUCUAUCCGGAAAAGUCUUUUUUCCACAAAGGAUUUCCCGAUCAAUAUCCCACCCUUAUACCCGGUGAAGGCGAUGGAACGGUGCACCUGCGAAGCCUUCAACUUUGUCGAUUUUGGCAGGGAGCCAAAUACAUCACAUUGGAGGGGGCGGAACAUUUGCGAAUAGUUGGGGACGACCGGUUAAUCAAGCUGAUUCAUGAAGUUGCCGGAUCUCAACUUUCAUACGACUGA